AUGGAAUUUGAAUAGACUUAGUUAAAGUAUGAUGAUAUUUGGAAUUCCAACAUUGUGUAUUCAAAAAGAUUAAGAAUCAUGCUUGGAUCUCAACCAAUCAGAUUUAUUCUUUCAUUUCUUAUAUUGAAUGUCUCAAACAUAACAUUACUGAGUUUGAUAACUAAUUCGAUGCUAUUACUAUGGAUUUUGUUGAGUGUCAUCAUAUUGACCAAUAUCUCUUUGUUUCAAGUCCUAACUAGAAAUCCUGGAAUAAUACCCAAAAAUAUAGUGGGAUUUGAAUUAAAAUAUGAUUUGCUUCAAGUACCUUAGAUAACAAAAUAUUCAUCAAUGCAACCAAAUAGUGAUUACAUGGUUUGGAAGGAUAACUUAAUUCAUCAAAUAAAAUAUUGUGCAUUUUGCCAUAUCUACAGACCACCAAGGAGUUCUCAUUGUUACACAUGUGGAAAUUGCAUUCUGAAAUAUGACCAUCACUGUCCUUGGAUAGGAUAAUGCAUCGGAUAAAAUAAUUAUAGAUAAUACAUUCAAUUACUACUUUUUGGAAUGUUUGAUUAGUUAUGCAUAUUUUCUAUUUGCAGCAUAACACUAAAUGAUGAAAUGAUAAUCAAGAUAAUCCUCAUAAUAUAUACAAUACCUUUGUUUUUAUUCAUAUUAAGUCUUUAAGGAUUGCAUUCAUAUUUAAUUAUUACUAGGUAAACAUCAAAAGAAUACUUCAAAUAGCUUUGGAAAACAAAAGCUGGCAAUCCAUUUAAUUAAUAAUUUUGGACUCAUCAUCCAGAAUAUGUUGAUUUCGCUACAACAUACUAUAGACACAAAAACUUUGUUUCUCAACUCACCCAAAUAGACCUAAGUAUUAAUAAUGAUAAAAAAACUUAAACUUUAAAAUAGCCAAUCUAACCAUAUAAAGAGAUUGAGUUAUAAAUUAAAAAUUGA